GUAAUGUUUGACUGUGAGGAUAGGAGCUCACAUUAAAGAUUACCAUUGCUGGGUGCUAUAAGUGUGUAGACAUUUUGAAAGAGUAAUUGUGUAAGCCUGAAGUACUAAGAGAGCGAAGUGAAGCAGCAGUUUUAGAAACUGAUCUUUUUUGGGCUAUAGUCUGCGUCAUUGGACAUAGCAACUGGAAUUCAGCUGAGCUGACUGAAAACAGAACUUCUGAGUCUAUUUACACAGCUGUUACUAGAUUCUGCAAUGUCAUCUGUAAAAGUUGAGUGUGUCGUGCAGGAGAACUGCAAAAUUGGAGAAUCGCCUCUUUGGGAGGAAAAGGAAAGUUCACUUCUCUUUGUGGAUAUAACAGGAAAAAAGGUCUAUCGAUGGAAUUCCCUGACCAAGGAAGUGCAUAGUGUUUCUGUGGAUGCUCCAGUGAGUACUGUAUCUCUUCACAAAUCUGGUGAUUACAUUAUUACUCUGGGAACCCAGUUUGCUGCUUUAAACUGGAAAAAGAAGUCGGUAACCACCAUUAAUCAUGUUGACAAGGAUAAAUCCAAUAACCGAUUCAAUGAUGGAAAAGUGGAUCCUGCAGGAAGACUGUUUGCAGGUACAAUGGCAGAGGAGAUUCGACCAGCAGUGCUAGAGAGGCACCAAGGCUCCCUCUACACUCUCUUCCCUGAUCAUUCCGUAGUGAAACACUUUGACAAAGUGGACAUCUCCAAUGGUUUGGAUUGGUCACUGGAUCACAGAACCUUCUUUUACAUCGAUAGUCUUUCAUACUCUGUGGAUGCGUUUGACUAUGACCUGCAAACUGGAAAGCUCUCCAACCGAAAGAGUAUAUACAAGAUGGAAAAGGAAGAGAGCAUCCCUGAUGGGAUGUGCAUUGAUUCCGAAGGGAAGCUCUGGGUGGCUUGUUAUGAUGGAGGAAGAGUGAUCCGUAUAGAUCCUGAGACAGGAAAACGUAUUCAGACUGUGAAGCUGCCUGUUGACAAAACUACUUCCUGCAGUUUUGGUGGAAAAGAUUAUUCGGAACUGUAUGUCACUUCUGCUUGCCAAGCAAUGGAUGAGGCCUCACUAUCACGGCAGCCAAAGGCUGGCAGCGUUUUCAAGAUAACUGGACUCGGGGUGAAAGGAAUCCCGCCAUAUUCAUAUGCAGGUUAAUAGUUACUGCUGAAGACAAGCUUAAAGAUCAGGAAAUGUCAAAGAUUUGCAUGGAAGGGAAUCUCUCCCUCUCCCCUCCUUCUCUCUCCUGAAGGCUCCAGCAGGGCGGCAGACACAAAAAAGAUGAGCAAAAUAACAUCCACACAUUUAGAAUUUUGAAUUUUGCCAAAUUGUCCUUUUUGUUGCCAACUUUAAAUGCAGAUGAUGUUUUCUCCUCUUCUACUAAAUUUAAGUUUUUCCCAAUAAAGUUUGAAAUAUGAAUGCUGGAA